UUCUCGGAAUCACAAAACGAUACACGGAUGUGUUUUAGUCGUCGAUUCGUGAUGGAGUCGCUUCUAAAAAACCUCAAAGAACAUGUAACAUGUUCAAUUUGUUUGGAUACUUACACCAAACCCAAGACCAUUGCAUGUCUUCAUACAUUCUGCUGUGAAUGCCUGGAGAGACAUGCACUAACAAACCAAAGACAAGGGUUUUAUCGAUGCCCCGAAUGUCAGACACAAAUUCGCAUUCCUGAAGGAGAGCGUUUUGAUAAUCUGCCAAGCAGUUUUCUGCACAACAGCUUGUUGAGUCUUCUUGCCGUUCGACGCAGUGGCGAAGGAAAUGAGAUCAGCUGUAGUACAUGCCAGAAGAAGAGCGCUGAGACAAACUACUGUUUUGAUUGCGAGAAGUUCAUGUGCCUAGACUGUGUGAAAGCGCACGACGUGUUUCGAGAUACUUUGUUCGAGGGACACAAAGUCACCCCAGUGCGACAGUUUGAAGUGACAGACUACGAGGCCUUGUUGAAAAGGAAGUCAUUUUGCGCCGUAAAGUACCACGAGAAAGAAGUAACAAAGUUUUUCUGUGUUGUUUGCCAAAGCUGUAUUUGUCAAGUUUGCAUCGUCACAGAUCACAAAAGCCAUGAUGUUGUUCCACUUGAAAAGGCGGCGGAUGAUGAAAAAGCAAAUAUCAUUAUACGAGCCGAGCUUGUUAGGCAGAGGAAAGAGGUCUGCCGAGAUGUUAUUCGUGAAUUUGAGAAGACGGAGCUUGAGUUGGAAGCGAACAUUACCACCGCUAAACUCCAAGUUUCCCAAGUAGUCGAACAGAUGAUAAGAAAGCUACGCCAAUUGGAAAGUGAAUCUAUUACUGCCUUCGAGAAGUCUCGCGUGUCGAGGAUUGAGAAACUACAUUCUGGAAAAGCAUCGGUUGUUUCUUUGGAAAAGCAAUUCGACCAAGUAUUUGAGUUCAGUAACAACCUGGUUGAGAGAAGCUCGAGCUCAGACCUAAUGCAAAACAAGAAGAAUGUGGAAGAACGAAUCGAAGACCUCAUCAAGACCACAAUGCCAGCACUUCCGGUUAGUUCAUUUGUGGAGUUUGUGUCAACAUGUGAACCAGAGAGUUUGAGUCUAGGAUUUACGAAGUUCAGCGAAACAGAUGUGCAAGGAUCGACCGUGGAAGUACGGGAUCAGAAUUUCCAAGCUGGUGUAGAAGCAGAACUAUUGAUUUGUCCCAAAUCAAGCGGAGGAGAAAUCAGAAACACUCAGCAUAGAGAUCGCGUUGAAGUACACCUAGAACCUGCGGAUCGGGUGAGCAAUUUCCUGACGAGUGAAAAAGAAGACGGUAGUUUUAUAGUAAAAUUUGUAGCGAAAGUACCAGGUACCUAUGAUAUGGAAGUUAGGAUAAAUGGACAGAAACUUGCCAAGAGUCCAUUUUUGAUUCCAGUUAAAGCACGACAGUUACACUUUGUAGGCAAGUUAGACUUUCAGGGAGUAGUGUCCCCGGGUACAGCCGGGGUUGCAGUGAACAGUAAAGGUGUUAUUGCUGUGGCUGGGUGUAAAGGUCACUGUAUCCUGGUAUUUGAUGAGACAGGAAAUUUUAGACGAAAACUUGGAUGUCAUGGAGACAAGGAUGGGCAGUUUAAUCAACCAGUCGACGUCACAUUCAUAAACGAUGACGAGAUUCUGGUGGCAGACUCAAGUAAUCACCGAAUACAGCAGUUGAAUGUACGAACAGGGAACUUUGUGAAAAGCUUUGGAAAAGAGGGAAGUGGAGACGGAGACUUGAAGAAUCCUGCAAGUGUUUGUACUACAAGCGAUGGAGGUUUUAUCGUUGUUGCGGAGUAUAUUAACAGCAGAAUUCAAGUGUUUACAAUGGAUGGUAAACCUGUGUUGAAGUUUGGAAACAGCGGCUCCGAGAGGCUGGAUCAUCCGUUGGGCUGCAUUUGUUACGAAGACAAGUUUAUUGUAACUGACAAGAAUAAUAACUGUGUGAAGGUGUUUGACAGAAAAGGACAGUUUCUGUACAAGUUUGGAAAAUAUGGAGACGGUGAUGGACGGUUGGAUUGGCCGUGUGGGUCAAGUGUUGAUAAGCAUGGCAACGUUUUCUUAUGCGACAGGUUGAAUAAUCGCAUUCAACAGUUUUCAUUGGAAGGAACUUUCAUUGGAAAGACAAGUACUGAUCUGCAACUUAAACAGCCCUGGGGUGUUACCACAAUGUCGGAUGAUCGGAUUUUGAUUACAGAGUUCGAUGGGAAAGAAGUUAUCAUUCUGAAAUGAAUGCAUAUUUAUGAAAUCAGCAAUUCAACCUUAAACAAAGCUUAAAAAACUAAGAUAUUCUCAACAUUUGAUCGAUUAUUAGUAUUAUUUUAUUAAGUUACGAACAUUCUUGACACACUUCAUGUGAAGCAAAAGAAUCUGAAAGAAAAAGCCAGAAUCGGAGUUGCUCUUGAAAUUCACGAAGAGUCCAGUUAUUUUCUUUGAUGCAGUAGUAGAGUAGUGUGAUUGUUUUGCAGUAGAUCGACUAAAAAAAUCGAUCGCAAAAAAUCCCUCGGAUAAUCUGCCUUCAGUUUGAUAACAAAUGUUUGCUGGUGAAACGAAAAGUCUUUUUACGUCGAAGAGCAGUUUGAAUGCAAAAAGACAUUCCUAAAAAGAAAAAACUCUUGUACACUUGCACCGAUAAGUAUAAAUUGUUGCUGAUGUGAGGCCACCUUGAAACAUGCAUUUCUAUCAGUCUACAUGCAUCUCAAGUUGCCUUUUGUUGUUGUUUGAUAACAGUCGUUCGCUCGUCUAACAGAAGCGUAUUUUUUUUUCAAAUCAGUGUCAAAUAUAUACAUAUAGACAGUAGCUAGUAGGAAUGAGACUUAAAAGUUGUGGAAAUUGCCUAGUAACUCUAUGCUUUUAUCAGCAUCGUAAUUUCAACAAAGACUGUGUAACGAUUAAUUUAAGGAGAGAAGUAUUUAGACAUGAUUGCCACCUAAAGUUGAAGUAAGCCUAGCCUAAAGACCUUAAAAUUUUACAGGUAAUAAGUAGCAGCAAGAAAAUUUAAAAUGAAUUUACCAAGAAAUUGAAAGGGAUUCGACAGAAAGGUUUUCUACUUUGCCUUGGCUGUUAAGCAUGAAAGAGUUUAAAUAAGGUUUUGCUUGGUAUAUAAUUUCAAUUUUAUCCAAAUCUUUUGAAGUGUAUUUUUGGUAUUUUUUGUUUGCAGGAGUUUCAUGAAUAAGCUCCUUAAAAUAUUAUGGAAAUGUAAAUUGAUUGAAUGAAUUACUGAUAUCGUAAGAUACUUUUUACUGUAUAACUGUUCUACAGUGCUUAUAUCCUCUAGUUUUAUAAACAGUUGACCAUUGUUGAAACGAAUCGAAUAUCCUACUGAACGUGUUGUGAAUAAAUUUACUCGUUCGCUUUG